GAGCCGGGUGGAAAAGGAGGAGUCAAGUGUACCGUUUCGAGCUGGAACCAUUUUGGGAACGUUGAGUGAGAAUGAGAAAUACUCGAAAGCCGAGCACGAGAAAAAGCGAGCAAGAAGCCAGGAGAUACACUCGUGGAUUGUCAGAAGAAAAUGAACGAGGACUAGAGCGGGCGGGAUCGACCAAGAAGGGUGGAAUGCUUGCUGACGUUGUGCGAAAACCUACAGCAGCCUCAUCCCGCUCAAAAGCUAGAUCAGAUGUGGAUCACGAUACUGCCGCAGUGUUCCGACCGUCGACUGAGACGUUGGAUAACGAGGAUGUCCUCUCGACUAUCAAAGCGGCUGGUCAUGGUGAUUUGGGUCUUGGUUCUGGCUUUGCCAAUAUGCCCCUUGGCUCUGUCAUCAAGAUCGAGGAAGAUUUGGCAACCCCGAGUACCGAGGAUGCGCAGCCAAUGUACCCAACGAUGAAGAGCGCGCGUUCUAACCGCAGUACCGGUACAAGCAAUGUAGAGGAGAAGUUGCUGUCAACAAAAGCCCUGGGUCGAUCUGGUACAAUUCGUUCGAAUCUGUCACGAAAGAGCAGCAAGCGAUCACAACGGCGCGACGAAGACACUUCCCCGCCUCCUUCGCCGGUUCAUCCGGUCUCUAUGCUACUUCCUCCCUUGAACAGCGAUUUAGGAUCGUUAGGAUCCAUAGGUGAUCUUAUUCCACCUCCACCGACUUACAUUGCCUCACGAGACAACGCUGGUGAUUCGCUCAGUCGGUCCGCUUCAAGAUCAGAUAGACACCACUCUAGUAAGUCACGCGCACGAUCGAGAUCUAGGCAACCAAGGGGCGGUGAUGAUACACGAGACGAAGAUCGCGAGCGAGCUAAAAAGCGGCAUGCAUCCCGCUCUCGAACCCGAGACCCUCAGUCCACUCGUUCAUCGAAUCGCCCAGCCCCAUCGUCCCGCACAUCCGACAGCGACUCUGACAUCCCUCUCAGCCGCGCCGUUUCCCGCAAAUCUGCACAUGAUAGCUCGGCAAAAGAUCUACACCGCUCGCAAAGUACCGGAGGGCCGGCUCGUCGUAGUGUUAGCACGCGGAAGCCCAAAUCGAAUCACGCCGACCUUGGUUCCCGCUCCGCCAGCCAUGCGAAUCUCAAGGCCAAGGGUUCCGAGUCGGACGAUGCCGAAGACUCUACACCACUUGCCUCUGUCGUCCUGCAAGCUUUACAGCAAAACAUGGCGAAUACUGGGGUGGAAAGAAAACCAUCGUCCCGCAAACCAAAAGCGGAUCCCGAGGAGGAUAAUGUGCCCCUUGGCGUUGCGUUUGGAUCCUAAGUCUUGAAAGGAGUAGACAGGUAUCCUUGAACUAUAUGUAGUUUAUUCACGUUGUUUACAAUUUGUUUUUUUUACUUCUUGUGUAUUUAGUUUGAGCGCAUGUGUGAUUUAUUUAGCUUAUGCAUCAGGUCCCAUUCUUGAAUGGAAAUUGUUAUUUCAAUAUAAUCCUUUUUAUUUCUUUUCAC